GAGAGGUUCCGUCGCCUUUGCGCUGAGGCGGGGAGCGGUCGCUGCCGGGCCUGGUUUACGCCGCCCGCUGCGGGAUCACCCAGAAGACACAAUGAGCGUCAAAGCUUUCAAGCUCGUUUCUGCUGUUGAGCGGGAGAUGUUAAUGGGAGACAAGAAUUACAUCAACAUUGAAUGCAUUGAGUGUUGUGGAAAGAACCUCUAUAUUGGAACCAAUGACUGCUUUAUCUAUCACUUUCUGUUGGAUGAAAAGGUAUCAGCAGCUGGAAAAAUAACUUUUGCUGCCACCAAGCAACUGCAUAAAUACCUGGGCUUGAAGAAGCCUGUGAGUGAGUUGAAAGCGGCCUCUGCCCUCACCAGGCUUCUUGUGCUUUGCGACAACACAAUAACACUAGUUAACAUGAUGAACUUGGAACCUGUCCCCACUGGCGCUAGAAUCAAAGGAGCUGUGACAUUCUCAUUAAAUGAAAACCCUGUGAGUGGGGAUCCUUUUUGUGUCGAAGUCUGCAUUAUCUCAGUCAAGCGGCGGACCAUUCAAAUGUUCAUGGUGUUUGAAGACAGAGUCCAGAUAGUGAAGGAAGUGUUUACUCCAGAGCAACCCUGUGCCGUGGCUGUAGAUGGUUAUUACUUAUGUCUUGCACUUACUACACAGUAUAUCAUUUUGAAUUAUAAUACUGGCGUCUCCCAGGAUCUAUUUCCUUAUUGCAGUGAUGAGAAACGGCCAAUUGUGAAAAGGAUAGGCAGACAAGAGUUUCUGUUGGCUGGCCCCGGAGGCCUAGGCAUGUUUGCAACUGUAGAUGGCAUUUCACAGCGUGCCCCUGUGCACUGGUCAGAAAACGUGAUUGGAGCAGCUUUGUGCUUUCCUUACGUCGUUGCUCUCGAUGAUGAGUUCAUUACAGUGCACAGCAUGCUGGACCAGCAGCAAAAGCAAACCUUGCCUUUUAAAGAAGGUCACAUUCUACAGGACUUUGAAGGGAAGGUGAUUGUUGCUACUAAUAAGGGUGUGUAUAUCUUGGUGCCGCUACCUUUGGAAAAACAGAUUCAGGAUCUUCUAGCUAGCCACAGAGUGGAAGAAGCCCUUGUUCUAGCAAAAGGAGCUCGAAGGAAUAUUCCAAAAGAGAAAUUUCAGGUAAUGUACAAACGAAUCCUGCAGCAAGCAGGUUUUAUACAGUUUGCACAGCUUCAGUUCUUUGAAGCAAAAGAACUCUUCAGAAGCGGCCAGCUUGAUGUCCGGGAGCUGAUCUCUCUCUACCCCUUCCUGUUGCCUACUUCCUCUUCAUUUAUACGGUCUCAUCCCCCUCUGCAUGAGUACGCGGACCUAAAUCAGCUGACCCAAGGUGACCAGGAGAAGAUGACAAAAUGCAAACGGUUCCUCAUGAGUUACUUGAAUGAAGUCCGCAGCACUGAGGUGGCAAAUGGCUACAAGGAAGAUAUUGACACAGCUUUACUCAAGCUAUACGCAGAGGCAAAUCAUGAAAGCCUGCUGGAUCUGCUAGUUUCGGAGAACUUUUGUCUUUUAACAGAUAGUGCUGCCUGGCUGGAAAAACACAAAAAGUAUUUUGCCCUUGGUCUCCUGUAUCACUACAAUGGUCAGGAUGCUGCAGCACUUCAGUUAUGGGUGAAAAUAGUUGAUGGAGACAUUCAAGAUUCUACACGUUCAGAUCUCUAUGAAUAUAUAGUAGACUUCCUUACAUUCUGCUCAGACCAAGAUCUAGUGUGGAAAUACUCUGACUGGGCUUUACAAAAAAGUGAAGAGGUUGGCGUACAGAUUUUCACUAAAAGGUCUUUGGAAGAACAGGAGAAAAACAACAUUAAUCCAGAUGAUAUCAUCAGUUGCCUUAACAAAUAUCCUAAAGCACGUGUUAAAUAUCUAGAACAUGUAGUAUUGGAAAGAAAAAUAGAGAAAGAAAAGUACCAUACUCAUCUAGCUGUCUUGUACUUGGAGGCAAUACUUCAGCUAAAAUCUGUGACCACAGAUAAUUGUACAGAAACAACUGAACUGCUGUUUAAACUACGCAGUCUUCUUCAGAAAUCUGAUCUGUAUAGAAUUCACUUUAUUUUGGACAAAAUCCAGGGCACAGACCUUCAUAUGGAAAGUGCAAUUUUAUAUGGAAAACUAGAAGAACAUGAGAAGGCUUUGCAUAUCCUUGUCCACGAGUUAAAGGACUUCCAUGCUGCUGAAGAAUACUGUAUAUGGAACUCUGAGAACAGAGACACGCAGUACAGACGGAGGCUUUUCCAUAUGCUGCUGUCAGUGUACCUGAAUCCAGGCACUUCGGAUUGUGCACUAGUCAUGGCUGCUGUGGAUCUCUUGAACAAGCACGCUGCUGAAUUUGAUGCGGCUCUGGUUCUGCAGGUGGUGCCUGACAGCUGGUCAGUGCAGCUCCUCUCCCCGUUCCUGGCUGGAGCAGUGAGGCAAAGCAUUCAUACAAAAAGAAUGACUCAGACUGCACUUGGGUUAGCACGAGCUGAAAACUUAAUCUACAAACAUGAGAAGGUUAAACAAAAAGGAACCCCAAUUCUUCUUUCGGACAAAAAGGUCUGUCAGGUGUGCCAAAAUCCUUUCUGCGAGCCUGUGUUUGUAAGAUACCCAAAUGGGGGUAUGGUCCACACGCACUGUGCUGCAAAGAAACAUCUGAAUUCAAACAUGACUCAUCACUCUUCCAGCUCCAGCAAUCAGACUUGAAAUAUGUUCCGGUCCCACAGGUUCCCAUGACUUAUACCCCAUUGAAAGUGGGCUGGAAAAAAGAACAAAGUGCAGCUACUUUAGGUAUAAAUCAAGAUGAACAGCUAGUCUUUGGGUUAAUGGGAAGACUUCCAGUAAAUAUGAAAUAUUGCCACUUAUCUUUUUGAUUUCUAUGAAUGUAGAUAGAAAAGAAAAUUCACUACCAGAAACGGAGAGGUGCAAAUAUAGGCUCUUCUGUAUAUAGUAAUAAACGGUUAAAGAAAAUGAGCCUUUUCUUCACAGUAAGGAUGAAUGUUAUGGAGACAAGGCAAACAAUUAUUUUAAGAAAUGUCGCUUUGCACUGAAUGUGGUGGUGAUAAAUUUGUAGAGGUGGAGAUGGCAUCUAUUGCAGUUGGAAUUCUUGGAACGUUACGUGACAAGACUGGCAUCAUGCAGCUUACUAUCAAGACAAAAGUGUGCGGUGGUUAUAAUGUUUGCUGCAGCAUGUCCUCUUUUUGGGCUGGAUUCUCUUCCCCAGGAUCACAUUAUGAACUUGAUUUUCGCUCUACAAAUUGUUGGCUUUUGAUGCACUUUUUAGUCCUUUUGGCCCCCCCCCGCCGCUAUAUAGAAUUUAAAUAUAAGCACUGGUCCGUUAGGUUUCUACUCCUACAGUUACUGUAAUAAACUGAGUGGAAACUGAUAGCCUCAGUCACACAGCUGUACUUGGAAGAAAAGAAAAAAAAUGAAGUCAGAUUGUCUGGUCAGACUGUAGUCACUUUUAUAUGGGGGAAGAGACCUUAACUUUAAUAUUGAUUUAUUUAUUAAUAUGCAAAUAUACUGUACAUACAGUUGAAUAAAUUGAUACUAUAUCAUUCUAGACUUUCUUUGGAGGAUAAAGGUGUAGCUGAUACAUAAGUGUACAGGUUAUGUGCUAAAUGUUUGCUAUAACAUACCUUAGGCAGAUUGGAACUCCACAAGAAUAGAUUUUAGUACUUGUGGAUAACUUUGUGCAAUCAAGAUCAUGGAAAGAAGGUAUAAUUGGGAAGAAAUCUAUAAAGGUGCACUACAGGGGUGCUGGAUUGUUACAUUCUAGAAAACAUUCUGUAAACUAAAGUGUUUCGAAUAACAACAAAAACCCUUAACUGCCCUGAUAAGUACUCACAUUGCUAUUUAACCAUUUUAAAAGAAGCAGCUUCCCACAAAAGAGGUUCAAAAAUGAUGACUUUAAAUAAAAAUUAAGUAUUUCAAAGUCAGAGUAUUUCUUUUAAUUCUGUAAAGCUCUAAUAAAUGCCAAGCUUACUGGCCAGCAUGCAACUGAGUUAGUAUGGCUGCACUGUUUCAGCAUUCCAAAUCAGAGUGAAGACUUUCAGCAAAAUGAGGUAUCUGCAUGGUAUCUUCUAGAUGCAAUCUCAGCAGAGGUCUCCUGAUACAGAAAGGUUGGCUUCUGAAACAGCCUUGUAAGCAUAGUGCUGCCUCCAGGAAAGGUCAACCAGACUACAUCCAGGGGAAAAAAAUACCCGUUUCUUUGUCUUCGAAGCAAAAGACCUUUGGAUCUUUCUCUUCCCUGAGAUAGAAAUUAAAAAAGUGUAGCUGUUGUGUUGCAUUUUAGAAAAUAAAUAAAUCUAAGUAAGGAAUUUUGUAGCACUUUCUAUUGAGACGUGUAAGCAGUGUUUAGUGAAAGGCACCUUCAAAAAAGACAAAUGUGGGCAUUUCCGACUUAAUUCUGGCAUGAGUGAUUCUCCUGUGGCACUGGUAUGAGUAGAUUCUUCUGUAUCUUGUAUUCAUGGUUUUCAAACAUUGUGUGUACAACUGGCAAUGAUGACAUAGACAAAUUUGUGGUCCCCUGUCCUCAAAAUUCUUGCUGAUAGAGACAAAGUGAUUUUACGAAGAUCUGAUAAGCCUUUUGUGUACAGUAGCAUGCGAUUCAUAAGAAAUACUUUCUUUUGCUGCAAGCAGUAUGCUCUCAGUAUGCUCUUUGUUCCUACCUAAUAAGGAGGUACUAAAACAAAGACCAGUCUCCAUGAUUAAGACUAAUUCUAGCCACCAGGUAGUGAUGAACUUGGUCUUGUCAGCUAAUGUUGCAAUGGAAUGGAGAUCAUACCAUUCCAGACCACGAGAAAGUUCUUAAUUGUUAUUGCAUGAAAAGGUAUGUCUGUAAAAGAUUCAACAGUUGUUUAUUAAUAUUUGAUAUUUUUUCAGAUUUGUACUUUGGCUAAAAUGCAGCAGUAACAAUAAUUGUACAUACAGAACAAAUACAGAAAUCAGAGUAAUGCAAGGUAGCAUAUUUGGAAGCACAGGUGACCAAAAGGGUGAUUAAUGUUUAAGUUGGGGGAUCUAAUUCUUUUAGCCCCCAGAAAUGUGGACUGGAAAAAUAUUUGAUUCAUACAUUGUUACCUGUUUCUUUGUUAAAUUUUUAUACUAGAACUCAUUUGGAUGAAUUAAUAUGGAAGUCCCAUGGUAACAAAAAGAAAAAGCACAAAAACUAAUGUGAGGCUGAGGUAGAGCAAGAGCUCAGCAGGGAGGUGGCAGGUGGAGGAUGCUCUUCCAGUGUGCGUGCAGCGUUUGAGCAAUUGGGAUAACACUCGACCAGAGGAGAUGACAACCUACGUCCAAGUGGUGCGUGAAAUUCUGUACUUUAUCACCAGGAAGUUUAUGAAAAGUCUGCAUUCAAAUUUCCUUAGGUAGGACAACUACAACACCCCUUGGGUAAGAGAACUUCACAUUGGAGAACCUGAGUUCAUUCCUCCUUUUCCUUUGGCACUGUCAGUUUGCUCAUUUUUGUUUUACGUACCUGAAGUCCUGGGACAGCAUUGCUACUGUGGUAAGUUCUUCUGCAGCAGCAAGGAGGGAAUGAAUGGUAAUCUGGUUAUUAAUUGCUACUGGAUAUGUGAAGGAGGAGAGGCAGAAAAGAGGAAUAUUUCUUUGACCUUCCUUCUAGUUUGGAAAUUAAAUGGGUUCUGGGAGUUUAAGCUUGAUGCAAUCGUUUUCUCUCCAGUUUGGGAAUGCGGUGUCUUAGACCUGCCCUUGGAGAGAAGAGAUUCUGUCAGAGUAUUUCUUCUGAAUUUAGCUCUUGCUAAAUUAUUUGUGUUUGUAACUCAUCUCUGUCACUUUUUUGUUCCAGUGAUUCUCCUUCAACUUUGUAUGUGUGAAAACC